AGAGGGAAACCUCCAGUCCUGCAGGGGGCAGCACCGCCCGUCAGUGCUGUCGUACUGUUUACAAACAGAGGAAGAGAGAGGCCAGCGUUAGCUUGAAGUAGCUUCGUUUUAUUAAAGAAAUUAGUAACUUUUGUCAUUUACGUCGUAAUCUGGAUAAUGUUUUUAAAGCGAGGUAAUGUUGGAUAAUGUUAAUCAAGCGCCCUAUGUCGUCUUAACAAGCUAUAAUAAGCUAUGAAGGAUUAUGCUGAUGCUAAACCUCGAUAGCUAACUUCUUUGCUAAUGCUACGACCGUUGUGUUAUUCAGAGAGAUACAUUGACUCACUGUAAAUUGGUUAAAUAUAAUGUGUGAAAUUAUGUGUCAGAAUCAACCAGGCUGAUAACCACUCGCCGGACAUAUUGAAAUAAGCAACAUAGCUACGUUAGCUUACGAGCUACAUCCUUCACUUUAACACCAUCGACUUUCAGUCUGACAGUAUGCUGCAAUAGCUUUCCUUGUUUAAAUAUAGGAGUCUGUUGCUCAGACUAACUUUCAUUGACAUAACAGUGAACUGAUUUACCUUUUCCUUCUGAAGCUACAGUCUCUCCUUAUGGCUGCUAUAGGCUUUAAUCCUGCCAGUGGGCAUGAUAUGUUCAGCAUUGAAACAACAGAACAAUCCAGCUGUAAAACAAGCAGUGGACCUCUUCUAACUGGGGAAGAGGUCAGGCACUUCUACGAAAAUGUAAUGAAAGAUGGUAAAGCGCAAGACAUAUCAAGGAGAAGUGCAAUUAGGCAAGGAGAUAAUGGCAGAGAGCAUCAGAAUAAACCGAGGAACAGAGAGUCCAAUAGAAGAGUGAGGAGGAGAGCUAGGGCUGCAGAGAUGCAGCGAGGUCAAACAGACUCUGUGGUGCAAAGAGUGAUUAGUAGAGAAGGUGGAGGCAACCCAAGAAGAAAUGCAAGCAUCUCCGAAAGGACCAUGGAGCUCCUGGGGCUCAGGUUGCUGCGUUGUGCCAAUGAGGGGGACAUCUCUGGCCUCAAAGACCUGCUCUCAAAGGGGGUCGACAUCAACUUCCAGGAUACUUACUUCUGGACGGCGAUGAUGUGUGCAAGCUGGUCAGGACGAAGAGCUGUGGUGAGGCUGCUGCUGCAACACGGAGCAGCCUGGGUCGGCGUGGUUGAUACUCAGGGCAGGGAUGCUAAAGACCUGGCGCUGGAAGCGGGCCACAGUGAGUUAUUGGAAGAGUUGGAGAGCUAUGGGAGAAGUACACACAGAGACACACAAUCUGACAGCAGUGCCUCCCAGCCUCAGUGGUGCGGUGUGUGUUGUAGCGAGUACAGCAGCAGCCUGUCGUCACAUCUCUCCUCCACUCUACAUCAGUUCAGUCUACGGCGUGCUCCACCCACACCCUACUACUGCCUCCCCCCCUCCAGCAACAGCUACAAGAUGAUGGUUCGUUGCGGCUGGAAACCGGGGACAGGGCUGGGGCCGGAGGGAGAGGGGCCCAAACAGCCAGUGCCAACAGUGCUGAAGAGAGACCAGAAAGGCCUGGGAUAUGGACACAUGAGAAAAGCAAAAGUUACUCACUUCCAACCCAGAGACCGUGACGCAGUGAAACCACCAUUCAAGAAGGAAGAGGAGAGCGGAGGAAAAGGACAGAGGAGGGAAGAAAGUAGAAGAAAGGAGCAAAGAGAUAAAACCUGGGAAAGAGAUUUCCGUGCCUCUUUUUAUCUUUGACACUCACAAGUGACUUUUGUUACAAGCUCUCUCGACCAAACACAUCUAAAAAUAUCUCUAAAACAUUAAACAGAUCCAAUAUGAAGACGAGGUGUACCUGUGUUUUUAAGUGCGGCAAGCAGCUCUAUAGCUUGUUCGGUUGGUCCACAAAUAUUUCCCCACCCUUUUGCGGCCACAAUAUUUGCCCUAGGAGGCUGAAAUUUGGCGCGGAGGUCAAGUGUUUGAGGUUUUGUGGGGGAAUGCAUAAACACGUGGAUGUAUGAGUGUACGUUGGCGCAGCUAUAUUCACUUCCUGCUCUGUAGUUAAAGCUGUGAAGGUGUUUGUAAAGUUGCUGGGAGGUGUUUUCCUACUUUGGCUCGACCUCAAAGCUGAUACUGUGUCAAUAAAUGGAAUCAGUUGGUCUGCUGCCCACAGAUUGUGCAAUGAUCUCAUGUGGCAUUGAUUUAUUGUUCAUGUUUGUGGUUUACCCUGCGUGACCUAAUGUGGCGUUUACUUACUGUUGAGCCACUAAGACUGUUUCAAAAGGUGACAUAACUGGAUUUUAUUUUCAUUUAUUAAAAUAUACAUACGCAGACCGUGAA